ACAAUCAGUUCCACUUCUCUUACCCUUUCACUAUCUCGACAAGUCCGCCUAAUUUUCAUCCAUAAAAAAUAUCAUAUUUCUUUCACAAUCUUUCAGUUCUAUCACCAACCCGCUGUCUCUUUUUCACUUUAGAUCAAAACCCUUAUUUUCUUUUCUCAAAUGGAGGCCUCUGUAGCUCUAUCAAGAAUUGGCCUUGCUGGUUUAGCUGUUAUGGGUCAAAAUCUUGCUUUAAACAUCGCAGAGAAAGGGUUUCCAAUCUCUGUCUAUAACAGAAGCACUUCGAAAGUCGAUGAAACAAUCCAUCGUGCUCAAAAUGAAGGGCCUUUUCCUUUGACAGGUCAUUACACACCUCGCGAUUUUGUCCUUUCACUCCAACGGCCUAGAUCUGUCAUAAUCUUGGUCAAAGCUGGCGCUCCUGUUGAUCAAACAAUUGCUGCGUUGUCUGAACAUAUGGAAGCUGGUGAUUGUAUUAUUGAUGGUGGUAAUGAAUGGUAUCAGAAUACUGAGAGAAGGAUUGAUGAAGCUAAUCAGAAAGGUCUUCUUUAUUUAGGUAUGGGUGUUUCUGGUGGUGAAGAAGGUGCUCGUUUUGGUCCUUCUUUAAUGCCUGGCGGUUCUUUUGAAGCUUACAACAAUAUUAAAGAUAUUUUGCAAAAAGUAGCUGCUCAAGUUGAAGAUGGUCCUUGUGUUACUUAUAUUGGUGAAGGGGGUUCUGGUAAUUUUGUUAAGAUGGUUCAUAAUGGAAUUGAGUAUGGUGAUAUGCAAUUAAUUUCUGAGGCUUAUGAUGUUUUAAAGAAUGUUGGUGGGUUGUCUAAUGCUGAAUUGGCUGAGAUUUUUACUGAGUGGAAUAAGGGAGAGUUGGAAAGUUUUCUGAUUGAGAUUACAUCCGAUAUAUUUAGGGUUAAGGAUGAGCAUGGAGAUGGGGAGUUGGUUGAUAAGAUAUUGGAUAAGACUGGGAUGAAAGGAACUGGGAAAUGGACUGUUCAGCAAGCAGCUGAGCUUUCUGUUGCAGCACCAACAAUUGCUGCUUCUUUGGAUUGCAGGUAUUUGAGUGGAUUGAAGGAGGAGAGGGAAAGCGCAGCCCAGGUUUUGAAGGAGGCUGGAUUAAAGGAGGAAGUGGAGGCUGUUAAGAGUGGGAUUGAUAAGAAGAGGUUGAUUGAUGAUGUGAGGCAAGCACUGUAUGCUUCCAAGAUUUGUAGUUAUGCCCAAGGGAUGAAUUUGUUGAGGGCUAAGAGUGUUGAAAAGGGUUGGAAUUUGAAUUUCGGUGAGCUGGCUAGGAUCUGGAAAGGUGGGUGUAUUAUAAGGGCAGUGUUUUUGGAUAGGAUUAAGAAGGCCUAUCAAAGGAAUCCCAAUUUGGCUAGCUUAGUUGUUGAUCCUGAAUUUGCAAGGGAGAUGGUGCAGAGGCAGGCAGCUUGGAGGAGAGUUGUGGGUUUGGCUAUUUCAGCAGGGAUUAGCACACCGGGAAUGUGUGCCAGUCUUGCUUACUUUGAUACUUACAGGCGUGCUAGACUACCAGCAAAUCUUGUUCAGGCACAAAGGGACUUGUUCGGUGCACAUACUUAUGAGAGGAUUGAUCGCCCAGGGUCAUUCCACACUGAGUGGACAAAACUUGCUCGCAAGAGCAAUGCUGGUGUUGGUGCUUUCAACUAAGCUUUUUCAUGGCUUUUUCUUUUUCAAUUGGGUGUUAAUGAUUUUUCUAUUUGAAUUAGGUUGUACGUCUCAUUGAGGAUUCUCUUGCACAGGCAUAGCAAUUAUUGGUUAGCCUCGCAGUUUUUACUUUUAAUAAGAAAUGCAUGCCAUGCCUCUUGAGUUCCAUAAGGUGUACCUUUCAGGAUAGACAGGAUAAUGCUUUUUAAUUUUACUCUUUUUGCUUCUUCUCAAUAAUGUUACCAUCUUGCUGCUUGAUUGGUGGUUUUCAGUACCAAGUGAUGAUUUCUGUCGAAGUGAAAUUCUGUUACUGACUUUGGUGAAUGAUAUUUGAUGGGGUGCCUAUCAGAGCAAUGGUUCUCACUUUGGUGGUCCUUAUGAACAAAUAUUUGUGAUUCGGAUAGAUGGCUUGCAAGCAAUCAGUAACAGAGGACUUAAUUCAAUUUACCUUUUCCCUCCAUUUCCAUAGAGCUCUUUCUCUUAUCUCUUUCUGCCAGAAAUCCUCCCUGCAAGCUUAUAUUGUUUUUGCAAAAUUGUGCAUAUUGUUGCAUACUACUAGAUGGGUAAAUUGCAGAAGGGUAUUCAAGGACAUCCAAUGUAAUCUUGUUGACGUGGCAGUAAAAAAAAAAGAGAAUAUUAUCCUGUCACCUGCCAUGUCAGAUUCCACAUCAGAUGGUACAAUCUGAAGAAAUAUUAUAAAAUGAAAUUUAUUUUA